GAGAGAGAUAGACACAGUAACAGCCAAACAGACCCAAAACGCUGAGCACCCCACCUCUCUCUUUCUCUCCUUGCCUGCUAGGGUUUGCGAGCUGUGACUAUGGCGCCGAAGAAACGCAAGGCUGACGAGGAAACCGAGCCGGCCAAGAGCCCCGCCGAGUCAACUCGGAUGGUGACUCGUGCCUCAGACGCCGCAGCUCGGCGGCAGACUCGGAGCUCCACUCAGGGAGGUCAUGGUAAGAGUGUGAAACCGGUUCCUCGGAAACCGGCUGUGGCGGCGAGGAAGAAGAGCAAGAAGAAAGAGGAGGCCGAAUCGGAGCAAGGCGAGGUGGCCAAGUCUGAAGAAGGCGACGAGGUGAACAUGAAGACUAUUGUGAUUGAGCGCUGCACGCAAUGCAAUUCAUUCAAGACAAGGGCUGAUCAGGUGAGAGCUAGUCUGGAGGGUCUGCCUGGCAUCAGAGUGACAAUUAAUCCUGUUAAGCCAAGAAGGGGUUGCUUUGAAAUACGGGAAGAAGGUGUUGAGACGUUCAUCAGUCUUUUGGACAUGAAGCGACCAUUUAAACCACUGAAGGAUCUGAACAUGCAGGAAGUCAUUGACAAUAUAAUUCAGAAGAUCCAAUGAAUGAGGUGAUGCAUGGCAUGCAAGUAGAAAUAUCGUUUUGUUGUAAGCAAGUUUCAUUUGCUGCAUUGAAAGUAGAAACUUCAAACUACUAAUCCUAUCGUUUUCAUUUAGUCAUUUUCUAACGGUCGGUGGGGCAUUGAUUUUGUAAUGUUGAGGCUCAAAUCAUUAGCCAUUGUUAACAAGUACAUUUAGGAUAUCUAUGAUCAUACCUUUUGUUAGUGCUCCAAGGAAAUCAAGUACUAGAGGUGCUUUAAUAGUAUGAUCAUAUCCAAAUUUAGUUUCCAA